GGCGAGUUCUGUGGUUUGUAGGGGCCCCCCUUGCAAGUCCCACUUACGAUUAUUACAGCGACAUCUAGUCUAGCAUUGCCGAACCAGUAGCGAUGACCGAAGAGCGGAUAUGCUCAUAGGAGCGGCGAUCAGUGGACAAUCCGACGUAAGAAGCGAUCUAAGGACCAGAUUCAGAUAUCACAUACGACGAUGUGACCAUGACGUAACUCUUGUGCAACUGUAUUUUCGUCGUGUGUUUGUGUGUUGCCUAUGUCGUUAGUGCUUCCUGUACGUGAGACGAAGUGACUACAGCUUGCAAGUUUGCGUGCCAUAUUGCUGGCUCAGGGUACGGAACGAGGUUGAGAGGAAUACAUCAUGGUGAGUUACAUCGUCUUCGGAGCUUGUGUAUGCCUUAUUACCUCUGUGGCAAGUGUGCAAGAAGGUUCAAAACAGCCAGCGAUUGUCGGUGGGCCGUCUCAAGCGAGCGUCGAUGAUGAAGCUGUGAAAGAGAUCCUUGGCUGGGCCGAAGGUGAACUUGUUCAACAAACCGAUAGUCUGCACUCGAAGAAGAUUUUCAAUGUAUUGAGCGUCACCAAGCAGGUUGUCGCUGGAAUGCGAUAUACAUUCAAGACCGAAUUUGCACACGCAGACGAUGUUGCAACGGGAUCUGGAGGCACUCCAGCGUGGAAUCAUACGACGCCGCAUGUCUACUGCGAAUUCAGCGUUUGGGAUAGGCCGUGGCUCCCAUCUAGAGUUCUGCAAGACAUUACAUGUUCCGAACAGGCGGUCUAGCGACGAGAUCUUUCAUCUCCGCGGGCGCAGAGCCUAACUAGAUUGGACAUCGAUGUUCCUCAAAGAAGAUUUGAAGCUUAAUCGUAUCGGAAUACUUCGGUGAAGGUGCACGUGGUUAUCGGUGAAGGUGACUCCAUUCCUAAUUCUUAUUUGCCGUCGUACAAUCAUCGUAACCGUCGAUUGCAGAACGUACAGGGAAAAUUACGAGUUUGAAUCAAAAUACUGUUGUGCAUUCCGUGAUGCAAGUACUGUAUGUGAUGCAUGUGAAACUUAGCUCGGAAAGGAGAACGGCCGGAAAAGAAGAGGCAUGCGUCUAUGUAACACCUGUUCGAAUUCACGGUGUGCGUGUGUUAAUAUAACAAAGCUUAGUUUGGGUUCAGAA